CUGAGGGAGCGGACAGAAGAAUGCCGUCUCCAUGACAACCCCCAGAAGAGUCACCUGCUGAGCCACUGGAAAGUGACUUGAGGAAGUGACCGGAGGCCUCGGCUGCGACAUUUGUGGAAGUAAGUGGAUUACAGAAAAAUGGAAAUUGAGCAAGAGGACAUGUCACCAGAGACCGCAUUUGAAAAGGACCCCUUUCAGAUGACAGUAGAAGAUGUGUAUGAUAUCUCACAUGUUAUAGGCAGAGAUCUUAUGAAGAUCAGCAAAGAAGCCCACGGUGUGACGGACCUUGUGGCUGAUCUUCAGUUUAAGAUUGUCCGUAUUCUGGAAGUCCUGGAGACACUGGUGAACCAAUCAAGUCUUGUUACAGAGGAGAUGAAGAUGGAAAGGGAUAAUCUAAAGGGUGAGGUGGAAAGACUGAUGAGAGAAAGCCCUCCAGCAGAUCAGACUGACCUUGGACCAGACAAGAUGGUUAUAGAUCUCACAGACCCAAACCGGCCACGAUUUACAUUACAAGAGCUAAGGGAGGUGCUGCAGGAGCGGAACAAGUUGAAGGUUCAGCUCUUGGUUGCACAAGAUGAAUUGCAGUGCUACAAAAGUGGGAUCAUUCCUCCAACUGAGGACCACAUUGUGACAUUGGAAAAUGAAUCCAUAAUCACCACUUCACCUAGGCCAAACGACAGCAGCAAAGAUAAGUCAACUAUAAGACGCCUGUUUUCUCCCUUCAAACAAGAAAAGCAAGCACAACAGUAAUGCUGUUUUCAGUAUUUUUACCCUGGGUAUUUUUACAAGUUCACUACUUUAGGGGAUUGUUCACCCAUGGAGACAUUUUGGGCAGGACCUGCGGAGGGAACCAUACUUAUCUGAUCCUUGCCACUGGGUUCCAGCUCCUUUGCGCCCCUGCCACUGCCGCAGCUCUCUGGUCUUCCCGCGACAGGAUCUGGUUUGAUGUGGGUCACUUGGCUGCUGCAGCCAAUUAAUGCCCUCAGCGGUAACAUGUCCCCGUGUGUCACCUGACCCAGUGACAUGACAGAUGGAGCACUGACCCUGACAAAUGUUAGGUAUUGAUUUAUCCCAGGCUGAGGCUAUAUUACCUAUAGUCACAUUUAACUAUUUGGUGUGUCAACUUAUUAAAACUUCACCCUUAUUUUUGUAAUUAAAACCUUUGCGAUUGUUAAAAACCCAGCUUCCUAUGACUAGAUUGUAAUCCUAUUAUAGUAUCUAUUUCAGCCCAUGAGUUGGAGUGCGUGCGCUACCCGUAACCCCUCUUUGUGUCACUAUUUUGCUGACAGCAUGUGCUCCUAUUACUAGCAGUAGAUCGCUAUUAAAGGGAAUCUGUCAGCUCCGAACCCUCCCCCCUCCCCCCCAACUAGAGUAAGUGGUGCUGAGUCAGCUUAUGUAAUUUUUAUCUUCAUACUCACUUGCAUUCCGACGCUGUGCUACAAACCAGCAGUGAGAGGACUCCUCCUUGAGUCCUCUGCAUUAAUGUGUAUGGGCACAGGAGUCCUCUCACUGCUGGUUUGUGGAAGCACAGUGUCAGAAUGCAAGUGAGUAUGAAGAUACAAAUGACAUAACCGGACACAGCUUACUAUAGUUUGGGGGUGUUUCCAAGCUGACAGACUUCCUUUAAAAUAUUGGGGGAAAUGUAUCUGGUGUAGAGUAGAAUCGGCUAAUGAUUCCUUCUGUGGGUCUGGCCAUGUUGGAGAGUCUGCCCAAAAGGUCUCAGGAACAAGUUAUCCCCUAUCCACAGGACACCCAACGAUGGCUAGAGCGGGGGCCUGUUUUCCCCCAUUUGAAAGCAUGUGCGCUGCCCCUUUAUUCAGCUGUAUGGGGCUGCCAGAGAUAGCCGAGCACUUGUACUCGACAAUGUUUGACACUACCAUACAGUUGAAUGGAAUGGUGGACAUGCAUGCUGCUCCAUUCAAACGGAGGAACAUGGGCCCCAGUUAUAGUAAUUGUCAGGGGCCCCAGAGGUUGGACUCCUGCAGAUCAUGCUCAUGCUUCUGUUUCCAUUCAGUUUUUUUUGCGGCCUCAUUCACUUCAAUUCCUGUUGGACAAACAUGCCCUAUUAUUGUCCGCAUUACAGACAAGGAUAGGACUGUUCUAUUAGGGGCCGCCCUUUCCGUUUCGCAAAAUGCAGAAUGCACACGGCUGGGAUCCGCAAUUUGCAACUGUCGUGUGCAUGAGCCCUAACUGUGGAUUUGGGAUUAGUUGUAAUAGGAAAACCCCUGUAAUAUGAUGCAACUGGUAUAUUUCCCAAAACUGGUUUAUUUUUUUUAUAUAUUUUUUUUUUUACUAACAAAAGCUUUAUUGUAUAGCGUUUACUGAGAGAUGAAAGUGGAAGAGAAAAUCUGUUGAAACAGGAAGUAUUUAUACAUCUAUGUACUAAAGGACUAACCCAAGACUGGGAAGAUACUGGUUGUGGUACUGGUCGUGUGCUGAACUGGCCACUUGUGAAUUGCCAGAUAGGUUUACAUACUUGCCAUGUGUCUACAUUUUGUAAAUGAAGUAUUUUGCCAUUGAUCAUGAUUAGUCUGAAAGGUUAAGGGGGAAAAAAAACACAUUCCAGGAAUCCUAUUUUUCAUAUGUAUGGGGGUGAUCUGUGAUCAGAAAGAAUUUGCUUUCGUUAUAAUAGAAAAAAAAGCUGUUUGCCUACGUUCUUCUUGGGCCCCUUUCACACAAGCAAGUUUUCCGCGCGGGGUUCAAUACGUAACGUGAACGCAUUGCACCCGUACUGUAUCCUUACCCAUUCAUUUCAAAGGGUCUGUGUACAUUAGCAUUUU